CAGGGCGAACGUGAAUAACUGGACACAAGACAGACAGAAGAAAAUCUCUUUGAUGAUGUGUAUGGCUGUUCGGAUCGAGAUAUUACUGCCUGUCAGUUGCUUAUCCUCCACGUCUUCAGAAAGGGUCGCAGGGGAGUGAAGCCUAUUGCGGAUGACCACGGCCGAAAGGCGAACUACACUCUAACUGGUCACCAGUCAGUUGUGAGGCACAGGCAGAGAAAAACAGACAACCAUUCACACCCAAAAUUACACUGCCCAAGUCAGGGAGAUCAUGGAGCUGGUAGAGGAGGAUGAGCUGCUCAGCGAGGAGUCAGAAGAUGAAAACAGCGAAAUGUCAGACAGCGCACUCCAGGACGCUUUCGCAAAAGGACUGUUAAAACCUGGAAUGAACGUGUUGGUGGAAAAACCUAAACAAUUUGCCAACAAUGUGGAUGCAAUGAAACAGUGUUUGGCUGACUUGAAGAAAGAUCUUCCCUGGGUGGAAAGAUUGGACUUAACCAACCCACCUGUUGAAGAUGUCCUUGCUAAGAUGGGAGGAAAAAAGGAAAGUGAGAGCAAUGGAGAAGUCAAUGCAAAUGAUGAUUUCCAGAGAGAGAUGUACUUCUACCGGCAGGCGCAAGCAACAGUUCUUGAGGCAUUGCCUCUCUUGAAAAAAAACUGCAUUGCCACCAAGAGGCCUGACGACUACUUUGCUGAGAUGGCCAAGUCUGACCAGCACAUGCAAAAGAUCAGGAAGAAGCUACUUUCUAAGCAGGCGAUAAUGGAGAGGUCAGAGAAGGCAAAGAAGUUACGCGAACAGAGGAAAUUUGGCAAAAAGGUGCAAGUAGAAGUCAUCCAGAGGCGACAGAAGGAGAAGAAGGCAAUGAUGACCGCUGUAAAGAAAUAUCAAAAAGGAAUGACUGAUAAGUUGGAUUUCUUGGAUGGAGAUGAAAGAGAACGAAAUGCACCCGCUAAAGGUGCCUCUCAGAAAUCAAAGAAGACAUUGAACAAGAAGGGCCCUAGUGCCAAGAGAAAAUAUAAGGACCAGAAAUUUGGUUUUGGAGGCAAGAAAAGUGGAAAGAAGUGGAACACGAAAGAAAGCCACAAUGAUGUGUCCAGUUUCCGCGCUAAAGUGGCUAAUGCAAAGGGUCCAAAAGGAAAGAAAGGAAAAGGCGGAAAACAAAAUAAACGUCCAGGGAAGUCUGUUCGCAGGAAAAUGAAGGCUCGCUCAUAAAGCACUAUGGCGCUGUUCAAUCGGAUUUGAACUUUGUUUCAGGGUGCAUUCCACCACUGCUGAUGUUCCAUUGGGAACUUGAAAUUCUUUGAGACAUUCUCUUCAAACUUUCCUCUGUCAAAAUGUGUAUGGUUGAGCAGGAAAAUAGCUGACUCAUCGUGCGACGCAGAGGAAAGACUUUUUACUUUGGUGGCCAUUUGUAGAUGCAUGCAAACAAGUGCACCACAGGUUUUGUAAAACUUAUUAAGACAUUUUAAAUUCAUUAAAUGUUAUACAAGACAGUA